GCGCUGCUUGGGAGCGUGUCAUUGGUAUCCACCCACAGAAGAGCGUCUUGAGCAGUGUUCCCAACAUUUCACGUGGAGUGUAGGAAUAUUUGGUAACACCUGCUUGUCGUAGUCCAGGUCCAGGGUUAGCGGGACCUAUUGCAAACAAUACACAAUAAUAAUAUAAGUGGGUGAAUAGUGUCGUGUGUUCGAGAGAUUUAAUAUUAUUAUUUCGAAUACUAUCUGUUUUUAAGUCAUGCGUGUUGGUUGAUGCCUGGCUUCAACAUUUCCGAAGUGUACAAACUUAUGUAGGGAAAAUGGUUGAUAGAUUAGGUUUGGGAGUAUUAAGAAGAGCUGCAGGAUCAAGUGGGAGAUAUGAAUCAUUCCUUGGCAUGGCAUUAUACCCUAACUAUUAACGCGGGUGUAUUUUAAUUUGGUGUUUCAGUAAACAGUGAGGCGAAUGCUCGCCGUAUUACGAUGGUGGAGAGUUGCUUCGGGAGCUCAGGGCAGCCUAUUGGUAUUCCGGGUCGUGUUCUGGUUGGUGAAGGAGUUCUCACAAAAAUGUGCCGUAAGAAACCUAAAGCCCGUCAGUUUUUUUUGUUUAAUGACAUUCUUGUGUAUGGCAACAUUCUCAUCAAUAAGAAAAAGUAUAACAAGCAGCAUAUAAUCCCUUUGGAGCAGGUUAAACUCGAAUCACUGGAAGAUGAUGGUCAAUUUCGAAAUGGCUGGUUAAUUCGAACAGCCACCAAAUCUUUUGCAGUGUAUGCAGCUACAUCUACAGAAAAACAGGAAUGGAUGGCUCAUAUAAACAAAUGUAUUGAAGACCUUCUAAGGAAAAGUGGCAAAAAGGCUGUUGAAGUACAUGCUGCUGUAUGGGUCCCAGAUUCAGAAGCUAGUGUGUGUAUGCAUUGUAAGAAGAGUCAAUUUACAGUCUUAAAUAGGAGGCAUCAUUGUAGGAAGUGCGGUGCUGUUGUCUGUGGCCCUUGCUCCAGCAAACGCUUUCUUCUGCCCAGCCAAUCUUCAAAACCUCUGAGAGUAUGUCUUAAUUGUUAUGACACACUGUCUCGGACUAGAGCUCAGAACAAUGUUAGCAGUAUCAGUGAUAACUCUUUUGGAAAAGAUCAAAGAGAGAGGAAUGCGUCUGGUGAAUCAUCUGGGGAAGAAGAUUCUGAUGAAGAUGAUGAAGCUAACAAGUCUGCAUCUGAAACAGCACCUGAUCAGCCCAAGUUUUAUGGUUUAUCAGAUGCUGCAGAAGAGAAACCUUAAUUGGUGAUGAGCAUGCUCUUCAAAACUUUGCCCAGGUGUUCCAUCGUUUACUUCAUCUUCAUAGUUAAUAACCCAUCAGUUCAGCCAUCUUUACUAACGCUCUUCAUGUGUUAUAUUUAUAUAGACCUUUCUAUACAUGAAGGGACAGUUAGAUUUCACAUGUUACUAUGAACAUAAAAUGUACUUUCAUAUGCCAUCACUUGUAUGUAGCAUAAAUGUCGUUACAUAAUCUCUUGAAUUGCAUUACAUUUAAUGCAGUCUACUUGCCUUUUCAUCACGUGCUGAUGUUUUUUGUCCUUUACGUUACUUUAAUCUCAUCUUAAAGCUAUAUAAAUUAAAAGAAAUGUAUAUUUUUAUUUAAGUAUGAAUUUUCCUACUUGUUAAGGAAUAUUAGUUGACUAUUUACUGAAAUAUCCAUAGACUAUUUUGUUAUUUUAUUAGAGAGUAGCUCAGAAUAUUGUAAUCGACACUGUCACUGCUAAUGAGUUAAGUGAUUGAAUGUGUCUUUGGGAAUAAUAUGUCUUUUUAUUAUUUCUUUCUUUUCCUUCCUUGCACUUCUAAAAUUUAUUUUUCAAUAUUAGUAAAAUUCAGAAGAUACUUUGUUAAUUGCUCUUGUUUCCUACCAUAACUGAAAUUUUCCCUGACAUUUUUCCUAUUGAUUUUUUUCUUUAGGUUUUUUCCUUCAGGUUUUGCCAUUGCUGCAAAUUUUCGUGUUGUAUUGAAACAAAAACCUUUAGAGAUUCUUGGAUAUUACAUUGAUUGUUCAUACUCUGCUAAAAGCUCUCAUACAAUCCUCUUUAAAACUGAUUGAAGAUCAUUGAAGAGUUCAAAUAUUGCAGUUAUUUAUGAUUAUAUUUCUCAAACGUCACAAGAAAGAAAGGCCUAUCAAAUUAUGGAUGUGGUUUCUACCAAAAGGGGAAGUGUACAUCUGAUGUAAAAUGUUUGACACUGGCUUUAGUAGCCCCACAACUGUAGGAUUGAUUCCAACAAGUGAGGUUAGUUUGAAAGGGUGAUACGUUUUAUAGUAGCAUAAUUUAUUCAGAGUAUAGAGAUGAUGUGUAGUCUUUUGUCAUAAUGAUGGUUGUCAUAAGAAUUAUGCUAUUAUUGACUGAAUAUCUGUGAUGAUUUAUACAAUAUAUGAGUUUGCAGUUACUUAUUUAAUUUGUUCUACAGAUGAAGAAAUAAUAAUAAUUGUUUAUUUCUAAUAAUAUUGAUAAUUAAAUUAGGUGAAUUUAAAUUCAGUUCAAAGAAGGUUUUAUUUGGAAUAGUGAUAAAAAUAGGAUACUUAGUAAAAUUAAAGGUGUGGAAGAGUACAUGAAGUGUUAGAAAUGAUGUACAAAACUACAAUUUCUGUGAUGGUUCGAAACAAGUAUUCCAUGUUACUACAUCUCAACCAAAAGAAUAAAAAUUAGAUUUUAUUUUCCCCAUAUAUUUUGAAGAUUUAAGGUAUAUAUUAGAUAAAUUUGUAUAUCAGUUGCUAGCUAUCAGCGAAUUACUUCUAGGCUGUCCGGGACUCGAGCCGCGGAAGCCUAUGUGUACAGCUAUCAGCGAAUGCUAAAACACAUUUUUUAAAUUUUAAACUGAGUAAAAAUUGAAUAAAUAUUUGGUUUAUGCAGUUGUUACACAUUAACAAAUCUUUUUGCAUAAUUAUUUAUAUUGAAAAUAUUUUGGCGCCUUUUAAAACAUCAAAUCCUGUUUCUGAGUGAACAUAAUUUGCAAUCAAGUAGAAUGAAUUUUGUUUCUCUUUCUAAGUGAAGAUUUUAUGAACCAUAAGUUUACGUGAUAUUCUACAUCAGGGUAUUCCUGAAUCUACUAGUUUCCAUGUUCAGUGGAAACAUUUGUACUGACUGGUGCAUUCAUACACUGGUACAGUACUGGUAGUUAACAAAUCAUCUUGGGUUUCUAUCGUCAAUCAUUAAUUAUAAUUUCAAACAAUUGGUAAACAACCUGAUAAACACUUUACUGGUGCAGUAAACUAUAUAAAUACUACUUUUACUUAUUUAAUAAUACAGCUAAAUUUAAGCAGCUAGUUUACAGUUACCCUCACAUAACAUGGUCUAUCCUAGGAGAAUUCUCUUUGAGAAUGUGAACCAUAUGUAAACCUAGAGGACAAAUGAGAAGCAUUUAGCUGGAUGGCUGGCUGUGCUGGUUGAAGAUCUGGAAAACAUUAAACCAAUCUCAUGGCUUGAGCCUGAUAUUGGAAUAUAUAGGAUACCAAAUGGCUGAUGACAUUUGUGAAUUGAAUACCUAUUUCAAAAAUAGAAAAACAAAUUAAAAGCUAUAUAGGGGAAAGUUUAUAAUAGUGGAAAAACUGAUUUAUAACUAAGUGUCUGGCAAAAGAACCAUUUUUUUCUCAUCAUGGACUACAGGCUGUCCGGAUGUAAUGUGAGAAAACUGCAAAUGAAGUAUUUUUAUGCAUAGACAAAUAUUAAGUUGUGGAACUUUUUCAUGUUCUAACAAUUAUACAUUCCAAUAUGACUUUCCAGUUGCCCAAGUGUUUUGGAUGUGAAGUCUUAAGAACUGAUGUACAGGGAAAACUUCAGGAUCUUGGUUAACUGUAAUCAUUGACGUUCCGUCCUACUCUAUGCUUUUCUGGGUGCACUGUUCUUGUAAUAUAUUCUUAAAUGAAAGUUAAUAGUGAUUUGCUUUAAUCAUGUGUGAAGCAUUUAAGAUCAAUACAAUACAUGCUAAUAUGACACGAUUUUGAAAUAUUUUAUAACUGGUUGCUUUAAAAAAAUUUAAUGAUGUAACCAAGUUUCGGAUGGUUUUCAUCACAACUUAUUUAAUUUGAUAUAUAUUGAAGAACAAAAUGUAUCAAAGUGAGUGUUGAGAAACGUGAUGCUUUACAUGUGAAUAAGUAAAUAAAACAUUUAAGGAUGAAAGCAAAUAUGGCUGAACCCUCUGGUUCUCAUGAUUUGAAACUAGGUCAUCUUUUGUUUGGUGUUGGUUCUAUUGCUCACUAUUUUAUAAAUAAUGACUGUAAAUCAUAUAUUGUUGAGUAUGUGGUACUAAUAAUUGUAUAUCAUGUACUCUUCCUCCUGAACACAAAAGUACUCACAUAUUUCUUUUAGGCUACAAUGAUCACAUCUAUUACAGCGACAGUAUGUAAUGUUAAAGUUCAUGUAUUUCUGAGAAAAUGCAUUUUCUGAUUUUACUUUAUGCCAGUAUUACUUGUGUCCUAAUAAUAAAAUCAUUGCCAAGGUAUACGAUUUCUUCCUUGUGCAUUAUCUAAGGCCUGUCGGUUAAGUCUGCAAAAGAAGUCUAAUUUUUAAAGCAGUCACAAUUCAAUUUUUUUAUAUGAUGGAUUUAUAAGCAUGUACAUAUAUUUACAAGGUAUAUUGUGUAAUCUGAUAUUAUCUGGGGAAUUCAACUCCAAACAGUAAGUGACAUCCACCAAUGAAUAGGUAUACUUUUCUAGCUGUGUAUGUACAGACUCGAAAGUGUCAAGAGUGUGGACUCUUGAUUCCCAAACAAGGGCAAUGUUAAUCUCUUUUUGAGGGUAUCAGUUGUAAAGUACCGUCCCACCACACUCUGCUGUACAUAAGCCAUAACGUAAGUUGUUUGUUUGAUGCUGGGUGAUAAAAUUUUAAUAUCUGUAUGAAUGGAAAUGGUAUGUCAAUAAAUGUAUCUCAGAAGUUAUUGUUUUAUUAAUUCACUUUGCUAUUUCCCUGAAUUGGCAAGAGUGUAUACUCUGCAUGACUUACUUUUCUUUUAAUCUACAGUACAUUUUAUUUUAAUUAUUAUAUUUCGUGUAUUUAUUUUUAAAAUUGAUGAAUGGUUCAUAUUCCAUGAAUAUUUUGAGUAUAUAUUAUCAUGUACAUUGUACUAAAAUGUGAUUAAAGAUGUUUCGUUUGAUUUUCU